AUGGCCUCCACGGUCGAAACACCUGCAUCCUGCUCUGUUUUCAGGUUGAUGGGUCCUCGAAGGUCACACAGAGGACUCCAGAGACUUUUGGAUCAUUUGACGUCGGGUGCUGCAGCCUGUAUCCUGUCUGUGUUUUGCUGUCCUCCCUCUUCAAGCAGGCCUCAGAUUGUGGAUAUAGGGAAUAGGAGCACAGUGAUCGAGUUUAUCCUCAUGGGCUUCGAGCAGAGCUCCCCUUCCACACGGGCAUUGCUCUUUGUCCUCUUCCUAGCCCUUGCCAUGCCCAUGAAUGGCCUCAUCAUCUUCAUCACCUGGACAGAUCCCAGGCUCAACAGCCCCACACAGUUCUUUGGCCACCUAUCCUUCCUGAAUAUCUACUUCGUUCCUACCACCAUUCCACCUGGUGGAAUGCUGAUGCGGAUCCACCUGGUGGUCAAGAACUGUGUUGUCUCCUUUGCCUCGUGCUUGACCCACAUGUAUCUGGUUUUUGGUGUGGGUGUGGCUGAGUGCAUCCUCUUGGCUUUCAUGGUCUAUGACCAUUAUGUUGCUAUCUGCCACCCACUUAGCUGUGCCCAGAUCAUGAGCCAGCAGGUCCAUGUGAGUCUGGUGAGUACUGCGUGGUUCUUUGGGCUGAUCAAUGGCAUCUUUCUUGAGUAUAUGUUAUUCCAGAAUCCCUUCUGCAGAGACAACCACAUAGAAAACUUCUUCUGCGAGGCCCCCAUAGUGAUUGCUCUCUAUGGAGACCCCCAGUUUAGUCUGAGAGUCAUCUUUGCCGAUGCCAUCGUGGUGCUGCUCAGCCCCAUGGUGCUCACUGUCAUCUCUUAUGCCCGCAUCCUGGCCUCCAUUCAGGGCAGAGCCUCCUCCUCUGGUCUGGGGAAGACCUUCUCUACUUGUGCCUCCCAUCUGACUGUGGUCAUCUUUUUCUACACCUCAGCCAUGUUCUCUUACAAACCACACAGCACACAUGGUCCUGACAAAGACAAGCCUUUCUCUCUCCUCUACACCAUUAUCACCCCGAUGUGCAAUACCAUCAUCUACAGUUUUUGAAAUAAAGAAAUGAAAGGGGCCAUGGUGAGGGCCUUUGGGAGGAGCAGCUUUUCCCAGGCAGAGUCUGUCUAG